GCAAAAUCACAAACUCCUAAAAUCCAAAAGCAAAAAAAAUAAAAAAAAUCAACGCAUUAGUAAUUAAUUAAUCCAAUAUUUUCAGAAUAAAUAAAUAAAUUGAAAGGCUAGUAUAAAUCCUAAUCUUUCUCGAAGGAUUAGUCUGCGAAAUGUCGUUCGAUCUUCUGUUAAAGCCGUCGUNNNGCCGCUGCGGCAGCACCACAGAUUUGUACGGAAGCAAUUGCAAGCACAUGACGCUUUGCUUGACUUGCGGCAAAGCAAUGGCGGAGAAUCGCGGCAAAUGCUUCGAUUGUGGCACUACUGUCACUCGCUUGAUUCGAGAGUAUAAUGUUAGGGCGAGUACGAGUAGCGACAAGAAUUAUUUUAUAGGAAGAUUCGUCACAGGAUUGCCGAGUUUUUCCAAGAAAAAAAAUGCGGAAAAUAAAUGGGCUUUGCACAAAGAAGGAAUCCUUGGUCGUCAGAUUACUGAUGCUUUGAGGGAGAAGUUUAAGAAUAAGCCUUGGCUAUUGGAGGAUGAGACUGGGCAGUCUCAGUAUCAGGGUCAUCUUGAAGGGUCGCAAUCGGCGACUUAUUAUCUGUUGAUGAUGACUGGGAAAGAGGUUGUUGCUAUUCCUGCCGGGUCCUGGUACAACUUUAACAAGGUAGCGCAUUAUAAGCAACUUACGUUGGAGGAAGCAGAGGAGAAGAUGAAGAAUAGGAGGAAGACUGCGGACGGGUAUGAAAGGUGGAUGAUGAAAGCUGCAAAUAAUGGAGCUGCUGCAUUUGGUGAGGUGGAGAAGGUAGAUGAUAAGGAGGGUGUUUCAGCUGGUGGGAGAGGUGGGCGUCGGAAAGCAAGUGGUGAUGAUGAUGAGGGAAAUGUGUCUGACAGGGGAGAGGAAGAUGAAGAGGAGGAGGCUGGAAGGAAGAGUAGACUCGGACUCAAUAAACAGGGUGGUGAUGAUGAUGAAGAAGGUCCAAGAGGAGGUGAUCUUGAUAUGGAUGAUGAUGAUAUUGAGAAGGGUGAUGAUUGGGAGCAUGAAGAAAUUUUCACCGAUGAUGAUGAAGCUGUCGCCAUUGAUCCUGAGGAACGGGAGGAUUUGGCCCCAGAAGUUCCUGCUCCUCCCGAAAUCAAGCAGGUCUGUUUGAGCAAAUCUGGGUAAGAGUUGAAGAAACUACUAGGGAAAGCAAAUGGUCUAAACGAGUCAGAUGUAGAAGAUGACGACGACGACGAGGAUAUGGAUGAUGAUAUUUCUCCUGUACUGGCUCCAAAGCAGAAGGAUGUUGUGCCGAAGGAGGAAGCCACUGAUAUUAGUCCUGCAAAACCAAUGCCUUCAGGUUCUGCUAAGGGAACCCCUUCUACCUCCAAGUCUGCCAAGGGGAAAAGAAAAUUGAAUGGUGAAGAUGCAAAAUCUUCUAAUGGUGCACCUGUGAAGAAGGUGAAGACAGAAAAUGAAGUAAAACCUGCCAUGAAAGAAGAAAGCUCGCCUGCUACUAAAGGUACUGCAACUCCUAAAGUAACACCGCCAUCAUCAAAAACAGGGUCAUCAUCAGGUUCUACUGGACCUGUCACUGAAGAAGAGAUCAGGGCUGUUUUGUUGCAAAAUGGGCCAGUUACCACACAGGAUCUGGUUGCUAGGUUUAAAUCACGACUAAGGACUCCUGAGGACAAGAAAGCUUUUGCAGAUAUUCUGAGGAGAAUUUCUAAGAUUCAAAAGACCAGUGGAUCUAACUAUGUUGUGCUGAGGGACAAAUGAUAGCUUUCUCUGUGUUCCCAGAAUUUCACUUGCUCAGAUUAGCCCAUGAAACCGCUAACUAUCCUGUAGUCUAUAACUGUGCUUGCUAAAAUAGAAAAUAAAAGGAGAAGGAAAAGAAUUCCUUUAGCUUCUGUAACUAAUAUCCUUGUAACUCUGUUGCAGCAAAUUUAAUGAUGAAAUUGUAAAAUGUUUACUGUAAUAAAAUGUACUUGUAAAAUGUAGUGUACACUGACUGUAUUUUGUUUUGGCUGCUAGAUGUAUUCAUUAACUCAGCAAUAUGCUAGAAACUUAUGCAUCUUGGUCUCAAUUGAUGUUCCUAAUUUCAAGCAAAAGAUUUUCCUUA